CUGCUUCCCAAAAGGCAAAAUGAUAGUGGUGACUGGAGUCAUGUCAGAGCCCGAGCUGGGUUCCCCUGCCACCACCCCAGUUGCAGCCCCAAACUUCUCCUGGAUGUCUGAGGACGGCAGCCCCACGGCUAUGGAGCAGCCAAUAUUCCUAAUGACCACUGCUGCUCAGGCCAUCUCAGGUUUCUUUGUGUGGACAGCUUUGCUCAUCACCUGCCAUCAGAUCUACAUGCAUCUGCGCUGUUAUAGCUGCCCCAAUGAGCAGCGCUACAUUGUCCGGAUCCUCUUCAUUGUGCCCAUUUACGCCUUCGACUCAUGGCUCAGCCUCCUUUUCUUCACCAAUGACCAGUACUAUGUUUACUUUGGCACUGUGCGGGACUGCUACGAAGCCUUUGUAAUCUACAACUUCCUCAGCCUCUGCUAUGAGUACCUUGGGGGGGAGAGCUCCAUCAUGUCUGAGAUCAGAGGGAAAUCUAUCGAGUCCAGUUGCAUGUAUGGGACUUGCUGCCUGUGGGGGAAGACGUAUUCCAUCGGAUUCCUGAGGUUCUGCAAACAGGCCACCCUGCAGUUCUGUGUGGUGAAGCCCCUUAUGGCGAUCAGCACAGUCAUCCUCCAGGCCUUUGGCAAGUACCGGGACGGUGACUUCGAUGUCACCCGCGGCUACCUCUAUGUGACGAUCAUCUACAAUAUUUCAGUCAGCCUGGCGCUCUACGCGCUCUUCCUCUUCUACUUUGCCACACGCGAGCUGCUCAGCCCCUACAGCCCUGUUCUCAAGUUCUUCAUGGUCAAGUCCGUCAUCUUCCUGUCCUUCUGGCAAGGGAUGCUGCUGGCUAUUCUUGAGAAGUGUGGUGCCAUUCCCAAGAUCCAUUCGGCCAACGUGUCUGUGGGCGAAGGUACUGUGGCCGCCGGCUACCAGGACUUCAUCAUCUGCGUGGAGAUGUUCUUCGCAGCCCUUGCCCUGCGCCAUGCCUUCACCUAUAAGGUCUAUGCAGACAAGCGACUUGACGCACAAGGUCGCUGCGCCCCCAUGAAGAGCAUCUCCAGCAGCCUCAAGGAGACCAUGAACCCUCAUGACAUCGUCCAAGACGCUAUCCACAACUUCUCCCCCGCUUACCAGCAGUACACCCAGCAGUCAACGCUGGAGCAUGGCCCACCCUGGCGCAAUGGCAGCCACAUCAUUUCGCGCUCCCACAGCUGCUCGGGUGCCCGGGACAAUGAGAAGACCCUUCUGCUGAGCUCUGACGACGAGUUCUAAGAGAGGCCCCCUCCCCAGAGUUCCUCCCUGAGGCCAAUGGCUGUAACAACCCCAGCGCAGCCUGGAACCUUUCUUUUAUUUAUUGAAUCAG